AUGGAUAUUUAUUCUGAUAUUCUUCAAUUACGAUAUCAAUUAGAAACAAAUUUAUUUUUGAAAAUACCCGAAAAUGAAUAUCUUCUAAUUGUAAUCGAUUCAAUUGAUCAACUCGAAACGGAUGCAUAUGAAUGUCAAUGGUUACCAAAAUUUUUUCCCAAAAAUAUCAAAUGUAUUGUUUCCACUUUACCUAUACAUGGUGGAAUACUUUCGUCUUUAAAAUCGCUGAUCGGUUAUUAUCGAUCGACGAUUGAACAAACACAACAUUUACUUAUUUUAGUUCCACCAUUUGAAUCAUCAACAGUAGAAAUUAUUUACAAUGAUUGGCUUCAAUUAAAACAACGUUCAUUAAGUCUUGAGCAACGUACAUUUGUUUGUCAAUGGAUGGAAGAACGAACGGAGAUAGUUCCUCUAUUAAUGAAACUGAUGUUCGAUAUUUUAUGUACAUGGCAUUCAUACGAUAUGAUUAAUGAUCAAUUGAAAACAUGUCGCACUGUCGAUGAUUGCAUUCGAUAUCUAUUCAAUCAUCUACAAACUAAACAUAAUAGUGUUUUGUUUCGUCGUGCACUUUGUUAUAUGACCGCUUGUCGUAGUGGUAUUAGUCAAAAUGAAUUAGAAGAUGUACUCUCACUCGACGAUGAUGUUCUCAAAAGUAUUUUUGAACAUUAUAUUCCACCAAUAAAACGUUUACCAGGCAUUCUAUGGACAAGAAUAAGAAAUGAUCUAGAUGAAUAUCUAACGGAAAAAGAAGUCGAUGAUUCAUCGGUUAUCUACUGGUAUCAUCGUCGUUUUAUCGAAGUUGUCAAUAAAGAAUAUCUUUCUCAAUUAGACGAAACAGAGAAAGAGAUCAUUUUCGGUAAUAUGAUUGAUUUAUACAAUGAAACUUGGAAAGAAAAAAAUAAACCAUUCAAAAUUGACAAUCCGAAAUUGAUCGAUAAAUAUCAUUUGAUAGAAUCAAAUGGAGAAAUUCCAGCUAAUCGAUUGACAACUUCACAACCGAUUGAAUUUGUUGACGUCAAUGAUGCCAAAAUUCAAUGUUCAGAUUAUAAUGAUAUCACUACUUUAAUGCAAUAUUUCAAAGAUAUUCCGAAAAACAAACUAUCAAAUGAACUUAUCGAUAUGAAAAACGAAAUUGAUAUAUUAUUUAUGAUUUAUAUGAUGAUUGGUCAUCUACUACAAGAAUAUCCGAACAAUUAUGUAUUUGAAUUUUCAUCACGUCUACUUAGUUUAUUCAAUAUUAAAUCAAAUAUAACUCAUUUAAUCAAACAAUUCGAUGAAGAAAGUAUUCAGCAUUGUUCUCUAAUUGUACCUUAUUGUCAAAUGCGACCACCGGGCAGUGGUUUAGUUUAUUCGAUGAAUAAACAUACAACACGUGUAAUAGAUCUUGAUUUAACACUUGAUCAAAUGGCUGCUAUAUCUCUAUCGGAUCGAAUUGUUGUCAUUGAUAUGACAUCCGGACAUACAUCAUUCGAUGUUAAAUUACCUAAAUUAAAUGAAUCCUAUUUAAAUGCAAUGACAUUAACAAAUAUGUAUCAAUUCGAUGAAAAUGAUCAACAAUAUUAUUUUCUUGUUAAUUCAUUUCAUCAUAUUUAUUUCUUAUCUUCAUAUGAUGAAAUCAAAUUUGAACAAAUUUCGAAUGUUGGUUAUGAAACAGUAGAAAUUCUUGAUUAUAAACAUGGUCUUUGUAUUAUAAAAGAAAUGAAUAAUAAUUCGAUUGAAUGUUGGGAUCUCAUACAUAAUCGUCUAUUUAGUCGAAUUGAUUCGAUUUCAUCCGAAAUAAAAAAUAUUCUUUGUAUUAGUAUAUAUUUAAUGCUUGCAAUUGUUUGUCAAGAUGGAUUUAUUCAUUUUUAUUCGAUUAUUAAUUUCACACAAACAUCUUUUGUUCAUCGUUGUUCGAUUCAUAUAGGACAACAUUUCAAUUUGAUCGUUGUUAGUGGACGAACUCUGAUUUAUACGUUUGAUGAAACGAUACCGAUUGAUUUUGUUCAUAUCGAUUUAAAAACAAUUUAUGAAGGUAAAGAAAUUCUAUCUGAUAAUGAUAUUAUUAAAACAUCGGUCAAUUUUGAUGUACCCAUUGAACCGAGACCAAUCGAGCGUAUUAUAUUAUCUGACAAAGGAAAAAUAAGUAACAAUUCGAACACAAUCAAUUCUUUACUAUUUGUGGCUAUGACAACAAAUUCUUUGUAUGUUAUUCAUGAAUGUGAAGAAAAUAAUUUAUCCUAUGCACAUAUCAACGGUCAUUUUGAUAUUGUUUCAAUACAUGAAAACAAUCGAAAUACUGUAUAUACAGCUCGUGGAGGUAUCAUCGAUAUUUACGUUUGGACUUGUGAAAAUACUCAAGACAUCAGAAAUGAGAAAUGUCAUUAUUUACAUACAUAUAAAUUGUAUGCUUCCAUCGAUAUAAGUUCAUCGUCUGUAACUAGAAUCAAACCAAUUGUUUCAUCAAGUUCGUAUUCAUUAUAUUAA